AUGAUGUUACAUGCCAACCUCGUCGCGACUGAGGACCUGCUCCCUAACGCAAGCUGGGCAGCUGGGCUCCAAACAGCACACAUCGAGCCCGUCCAAUGGGCCCCACCAUCCACCACUGAUGAGACGGCGAUGUUGAAUAGCUCUGUCGCCGGCAUCCCCCGGGUCAUUCAUCGGAUGUGGCAACACCGCACGUCGGAGACGCCAGAGGAUUGGACUAACGCGACUGCCUCCUGCCGCGACCAGAACCCCGUUUACCGGCAGUACCUGUGGACAUUUGACACAGCGCAUCAAUUCAUACGCACCCAUUUCCCCUGGUAUCUUCCAACAUAUACGAACCACCUUCUGCCGGUGCAGCGGGUCGACGCGCUUCGCUACUUUCUUCUUUGGCACUACGGUGGCGUGUUUCUCGACCCGCAGAUAGGAUGCCGCCAGUCUCUGGAGCCGCUGCUGCUGCUAGGGACAGACAAGGGCCAGGCCCAGGCCCAGGCUCUGUUGCCCCAGAGCUGGCCGUAUGGCGUCACCAAUGAGUUGAUGGCGAGUACGCCGAGGCAUCCGUUUAUGAUCAAACUGGCCUUGACAUCCCACGAACAUCACUGGUCGGCCAUUCCGGCCUAUUUCAUGGCCUUGGUCAGUUUGGGACCUGUCCUCGUCAGCCGCGUUCUGGCCGCGUGGCUCCGGUCUGUUGGCGGUGGGCCGGCCGCGCUCGCCAUCUUGCCAUCGGCGCUCUAUGAUGAUAAAGCAGAGCAAGCAUUUUUCUUACGGUUCGAAGGCCAGAUGCCGCAUGGAGAUGAGGUUGCAGUUUCAUUGCAUAUAUUCGGCAAUUGGCUCGGGUGGUGUGGAGCGGCUGUGUCGUUGAUUGUCAUGGCUUUUGUCAUCUUUGGCGUUCGGUCCGGACCCAAAAUGCGACGAAGACAGGAUGUUUCUGAUACACCGGAACCAUUUGUAUAG